UUACUAAGUUGGUGCAUGUGAAUCGUGAAACGAAUUAAUACGAUGUCUUUUGUUAACACAGCAGGAUGGCUGGCAAGAUUAUGAACAUUUGAUGCGAUUUUUUUUCGCUCGAACCAAUCAAAUGAAAAAUAAUUCAGGGUUCAAGACAGUUCUUUGAACAUACGAAGUUUUCGUACUGAUCAAAUCAUUAAAUUUAGUUCCUCAUUCAAUAUGAGUUCAAGAUCCAAAGCAUUUUUCUUAAUUUUGCUCACAUUGGAAGCGAUAAUUUCGACUCAAGCGCAAGCCCAACUGAAUUACGAAAACGAUGUGACAAAACAAGUAGAUGACUGGAUCGCUAGAUUAUUCAAAAUUACCAAGGAAUCGAUGAAGAAACUAUUCAGCAGGAUAUCAACAACAACAUUGAACGAUUUUAGUUUCGAUAUCGAUCAAGAAAUCCCACCAUUGGGCAACAAGUUUCAUUUUCGCGAUGUUUACAUGAACGUGAGCGAAUUCAGAUCACCGCAGCUUGACUGGAGGUUUUCCGAAAAUAAAAUGAUCAUAUUUUUGAGUGAAUUUACCGUCAGAAUGCUCGGAUAUCUUCUGAAACCAUCUAAUGCACAUUAUACCGGAUUUGACACCCAUCUUGAUUUGGAAAACAUCUCAUUCACUUUCGCCCUGAAUGCUGAUGAGAAAAUUUCACAAGAUUUCAGGCAAAAUGAAAGCUGGUUAUGGUAUAGCGUUGAUGCAAAAUGGAGAGCACGUUUUUACGAAUUCGACGAAUAUGAAUAUUCGCCGCAUGAUAAAAGAAACGAAUUAGAAAAAGAACUUUUGCCCGCAGCUGUCGCUCUGCUGCGUGAAAAUUUAAACCGAAACCCACAAUUUGCCGAUAGUUUGCGAACCAUUUUCGCAAUUUACAGCGACCGUAGAAAAUCUCUCGUUAAAAUGCAUCCCGAUUUCUUCACCAUGCGAGAUAAAUAUUACUACCUUAUCCCGAAUAUACCAUUUUUCUGUUUCAAUUUGAAAAAAGUCAUCAUCCAAGGAUUAUGGAACCUGGAAUUGUUCAAAGUCAACAAAGGAAAUGCAGCAAAAAUUGUGAUAAAAGACGUUCACGGAAGCUUGAACUUGGAUUUUGGCACUUCGCAAGAAACCCCUCUCGAAUUAAAGUUUAAAAUCGAUCUCAUCUCUUUGUCGGUACAAUACGAGACACUUGUAAGUGUGGACGCGAGAUCUUACAGCGUUAGUAGAGACGAUUCGUUUUUACCUUAUCGACAAUCAACUCUGAUCAUGCAGCAGCUCGAAAUGGCUAUCGCUCAGGCGCUAUUAUUUGUAUCAUUUAAAGAAUUUUCCUGGUCCGAAAACCAACUAUCUAAAAUUGAAGAAAUCGAAUCUCCAAUAAGAGAAAUCCUGAAUAAAAACUCGGAUAAAUCCGAUUGGCAAGCUUUCAAACAAACGCUCAGAGAAUGGAUACCAUUCAACGAUGAUUACAUCGGCAAUCACACAGAAUCAUACAACUACUAUAUUUCAUUUCCAAACGUGACAGUUAAUCUCAUUUCGAAAAUUCCUUACCCCGAAGAAAUCCAAUGUGAAUUUCCCGAUAAUCUGAAAAUGACUCAUGAAAUUAAGGCUAAACCAAUACGAAAGCUACGUUUGAGUAAUAAACAAGGCAACGGAAUCGAUAUAAAUUUCCACGCUAAUGCCACAUCCAUUAGUUUUUCUCAAAUCAAGCCCAAUGCAACCGAAGGCAACAGCAGCUGCGAAUUUCAAAUAUAUAAUAACGAAGAUAUCAGGGUCCAAUUACAGCUAGAAAAAAACACCAGUCUAAGCAAAGAUGAACUGGAACUGAAGCAGAAAAUCGACGCAACGUUGAUUUCAAUGGCGAAGGAAAGGGUUACUCAAAACAUCAAGUCUGUGGUUUGUUUUCCAUUCAAAGUAUGCUCUCAAACGAAACGAAUGGUCGAUGGAUUUUUAAUACGAUUCGUCGACAAUGUGUUGGAAAAAUGUUCGUUGCAAAGAAUCCCGAAAUGAAGAGAAUCCAUCACAUACAUAGUUGAUAAUUUUUCGUCAAAAUUCUUGGAUGUGCACUUGAGCCUUUGUAAAAAACGACGCGUUAUUUUUUAAUGGGUCAUUCCAUGCCAAAUCGGCGGAUUUUUGCACGAGGGGUCUUCGAUUUUUUUCAAAAUCAGAUCAUUUGUAGAGGUCAUCAAACGAUGACGAAUGACGCAAACCGGACAUUUUUUCGAUUUUUUUUUGACUGAGCUGUGGCGCUUCAAAGUUCUCCAAAAUGGCCGAAAAUGGAAAAUUUCAGUUGCGAAUUGCUCCGGUUGUACGUGGUAUAGAAUUUUGAACUUUUUUUCAAAUUGUAGUACUUUGAGAGGGUAAUCGACGAGUGAUGUCAAAAUCAGUGUUGCCACUUUCAAAAACCUAAAAAAAUCGAUUUUAAAACUUAUAAUUUAAAUAUAACCACGAUGUCCGCCAGUAAAAAUUCUAAAAAAAUUCUCAGUUUUAGUCCUUUUUAUGUAGAAUGACAUAUCAAAAAAUUGGACUGGCAUCUUUUUUCAUUUUCGAGGAAAAAAAAUUUCAAGUUUUACGAUUGCAGAAAAAGUACCAUCAGAAACCUAAAAAAUGAAAAUUUUUGCAUUUUUGAAAUAUUUUACCAAUGUGUAGACGAUAAUGUGAAUAAAAUCCCUCUCCCCCCAAUUUGUCGACAAAUUGACGAAAAAUGCGUAUAUUUCACUCUUGGAAUAAAAAUUUAUAGCACGAAAAAUGUCAAUUCGUUAACAAGGGGGGGGGCUGGGGAGGGGGAUUUUAUUCACAUUAUCGUCUACACAUUGGUAAAAUAUUUCAAAAAUGCAAAAAUUUUCAUUUUUUAGGUUUCUGAUGGUACUUUUUCUGCAAUUGUAAAACUUGAAAUUUUUUCAAAAUUCUAUACCACGUACAACCGGAGCAACUCGCAACUGAAAUUUUCCAUUUUCGGCCAUUUUGGAGAACUUUGAAGCGCCACAGCUCCGUCAAAAAAAAAUCGAAAAAAUGUCCGGUUUGCGUCAUUCGUCAUCGUUUGAUGACCUCUACAAAUGAUCUGAUUUUGAAAAAAAUCGAAGACCCCUCGUGCAAGAAUCCGCCGAUUUGGCAUGGAAUGACCCAAUGAAAUUAGAUCCCUUGAAAUUUUUUUUCAUCAAUUCCUCUCUAUCAAUUUUUUAGAGCUUCGCACCAGACAAAUUGCAUUUCAUUUUUUUUAAAACUCUGACAUGCUCACAAGAAAAAAUUUCCACACAACAGAAUUAGAAAGAAACUGGUUAAUGCGUCGGGAGGGGUUCUCAAUUUUGAACAAAAAAAUCAUUCUCAAAUUCAAAAACUCCUCCCCACCCCUUCCUCCAAAAAAAGCUUAUGAUCAACAAAACUUCAAUGUUUUGAAUUUUGGAAAACAUUUCUGAAAUAAAAUUCACAAUAAAACGUUAACAUCACUUUUCAAAAAGAAAAGUUCUGUUCUUCUUAAAACUGAAUUUUCAUAAAAGAAACUUUAAGAAAUGUUGAGCUUUCAUUAAAAAUUUAGGCCCAAAUUUCAAUCAAUCGGAGAACUUUCUUAGUUUUCUCCUUUCUGAAAUUCUGACUCACAUUCCAAAAUGAAUACAUUUCAAAAUCGGAUCCUCCCUCCGAACGUCUUGCUUUAUUUCAAUAUAUUAAUUUCAAACGUAAUAUCACAAUCUAUGUAAUUUUUCAGCCCAAUCUUUGGCAUAAAAAUUUUUGAAAUUAAUCCACAUAAUAUGUAGAAUUUAGCACAAUAGAGUACAAUUUUUGAAGAUAUCAACACCGCAUUAAAAAAUUUGAAACUUCUACGAAAAUGGAAAAUUUUCCAUAAUAUCUAAGUACUUACGUAUAUCAAUUUUGAUAUACCAAUAAUUGCAUCCUAUGUUAGAACUGUCAGAAGCAAUUUCUUGCUUGGGUUACAUUAAAAGAUUACACCGCAUCAAAAAUCCAAUCUUACUUAUCAAUCAGGGUGGGCUCUACUUUGAAAUUUUGCUUUUUCAAACUCUCGACCCACCGGACUCCCAAGUUGUUGGAUUUUAUUGGAAAAUGAUACCCUACACUUUCAUUUUCCCUUGAACCCUUCCCUCCAAAUGUGCUGAAAGCCCCCCUCUUCUUAAUGAAAAAUCCCAAAUUAUCCAAAAUUUUCUCAUUAAUGCGUAAGCGUUAAAAAUUUUGUCCCCUUUUCAGAAAAAAAACUUUCUUCAGCCCCCAUGUUUGGUUUUCUUGCAUGGAACAUAUAUCCCCCUCUCCCUCAAAAAUUAAAGUCUAUCAAAUUUUGUUGAAGAUUUCCCAUUCCUCAGAACCCCUUUUUCAAGAAAUAAUCUUCGCCAGUCUCUCAAACAAUGUUAAUCCCCCCGCAUGGUGCGCAAUGAGGUCUGUAUGAUUUUGUUGAAAAUUUUUCAUUUUUCGUCAGAAUUCUUUCCAAAGACCACAUUUUCAAAAAAAAAACUUCCUUCGUCGGGCAAACAAUAAUUAUUCAUUUUUUUCAUUUCUCAUCUUUUUUUUCCAACUUUGGGAGCUACAUUUAAGCAGGGAUUUCCAGCCAGCCAAUAGCUAAAAUCCAAUAGCUGAUGCAAGCCAAUGGUAUUUAAGCCAAUAGCCAAAAGCCAGCUCAAUGAGAAAUUGCCAGCCAAUAGCAAAUAGCCAAAAACUAAUGAAUUUGAAAUGAUUUUCAAAUUUUUCAAUAACACUUUUUUUUUCAUACCUAUUUUUUUUUUUUUACUCACGACUCUCGUCUACACUCACUGAUACCACAGAAAUGAAAUUGUCCUUUUUAACAAUCAUCUACGCAUCAUAACGAGUAUUUUGAGGGGUCACAUGUACCUACUUUAGUUUUCGUAAGCCAAAAGCCAGCUAAUCGCCAGCAAAUGAAAUUUUGCCAGCCAAUGGCUAGCUUUAUUUAAGCUAAUGAAAAUUAGGAUAAAAGCUGAUGGAAAUCCCUGCAUUUAAGAUAUUUCAAAUCAAGAACGUUUUUCAUUCAAAGCUUUGUAGAUUAGUAUUUUUAUUUUUUAUGUUUUCAUUUUCUAGUAUUUUUGUGUUAAUUUUUUUAAGAAUAAUAAAUUUUUGUAAUUUA